CCCUUCUUUCCCAUGGACAAAACGAGAAUACUGGAACCAUUCAGCGAAGAAGAUAAUAAACGUCGUAAAGAAAGAAAAAUUCAAAGAAAGAUCAUUUAUCGAAUAUUGACUAUAAAAACAAUGACAUGUCUUUCGAUGACUUUUUACAAUACAUCAAUUUAUCAUUCGACCAAUAUAUCAACAUCAUUCAAUCCGGCAUUAAUCGGGCUACUGUGUGUCUCAAACGCUAUGUGAAAGAAAUCAUGAUAAAUAAUUAUAGUCCAAAGAUUAUCAAUUUAAUGCAGUCCAACAUGGAUAUUCAAUUCAUUUUGAACGGAUAUGCUUGUGUGGCCUACAUGGUUGAUUACAUCAAUAAAUCUCAAAGAGGCAUGUCGAAACUGUUAAGACAAUGUAUUGAAGAACUUCGAAAAGUCAAUCAUACUCUGCAGGAAAAUUUGAACCAGGUAGCAAAUAAAUUCAUAAAUGCUUCGGAAGUCAAUGCUCAAGAAGCUGCUUGGAGCCUGUUAGAAUUAUCCAUGAGUAGAAUUUCAAAUAUAUUCUUUCCUACGUUUUCUCCCGGAGAAAGAGCUAAAAUUUUAAAAAAUAAUGAAUUGUUAAAAGACUUGCCGAAAGAUUGACUAGAAGUAUUUGAAAUGUCUAUUUUAGAUAAAUAUGUUAAACGACCGACUAUUUUAGAAAAUAUAUGUCUGGCGGACUUUGCUACGAGAU